UUUCCCGUUGGUGUGGUUUGCUUCCAUGGACUCAACCUCAUCAGCGGCGCCGGUUCUGGGAGCGGACGAUGAGUGGGAGCUCUGCAAUGAUGACGGCUUCAUAUACAAGCGCAAGAAGCGACUGCGGGUCGAUGACCCGGAGCCCGUCUCAACGGCACCGGAUCCGGAGUUAGAGAGGAGAAGCAGAAGAGAGCGUAAAAGGAGGACUCUUUUGAGACUCAAGAGGGAGUACCAGAGUGAGAUCGACCACUGGGAGAAUUUGUCGAACACCUUGCAUGUGAUGCAGGAUAAGACGCAACAUCAAAUUAAUUUGCAGCAAGAACAGCUAGAGAAGGAUGAUACGCCGUCGCUUUCGAAUUCCCCUCCCAGAGAAGUUCAAGGGGGCAAGGAUAGUGGGGGUUCUUUAGUCGAUGAGCUCCUUUUGCAGAUAGAGGCACAGGAAGCAAUAAUCCAUGAUGUUUCAAAUCUAUGUGAUGUAGCGGAAGCUAUGUGUAAUGCCCAAGAGGAACGAUUAAAGCAGCAGUAUUUCGAUCUUCCAAUAUGGGCUUCGCCUGAAGAGCUCAUGGCAUCACUUUGUGAUGAGUAAGUUUCUUCUGAAGGAUCUAUACUCUUAGGCCUUAGCAAUUAACAGGAAAACGUGAAGCUUGGUUUUCCACCGGCAUUGUUUGAAUCUUACUGUAGUUUGAUGUUAAUGCUUGAAGCAGUAGUGGUGCAAUUUUACUAUGUAGAAUACCCCGUCUAAAUUAUCGCUGUGGUUUCACUGUUUGUUUCUUAACUUCCUGUUUAUGUAAUUGAGUAGGAAUUGUGUCAUGGAAUAAACCAUGAGAUGGAUUAAGUGGAUAUGGGGAGUGUUUUGGAGCUAAGAAAUGUUUGUUUGAACUAUAGCUGUGUACAUUUUCUUGAUUUGUCAUGUUUAGGAUCGACUUGUGAUGCUUUCAGAGUAUUUUCUGUUGUUCAAUGGAUAGUGUUAGCAGAAUA